AUGACAGACAGACCUGUCUCUUCCUCAACCACUCGAGGAAACGUCCUUGGACGAGGACUGGCUUGUAUUCGAUGCCGACGGCGCAAAAUGGUGCCCUUCUCCCCUAUCGACAUGUCUAGAUGUGACGGUGCAAGACCGACUUGCACGCCGUGUAUCGAAGCGCAACAAGUUAUGGAUUGUGAAUAUUCGGAUGGCCAGAGCCGGACACGCACCGAGAUACUCGAGGAACAGUACAAGGAACUUCAAUUGCGACUUCAGGAAUUGGAAGGAAGAUCCGAGCCCAGCCAGACGCUUCUACUACGUGAUCCUUAUUUACCGACAUCGUCUGCGAUGAUGAGGAGAAGCGAUAGAGAUGAAUCUAUAUUGCCGCAUGUUCACGAUACGCAACCUGCGGCGCUCAAAUGGUGGGAAGCGGAAGAGCUUUCUCCACCAGUUUCUGAUGCACUUGUUGCGAUUUUUCUUCCGCACUCAGAGGUACUCGGGUUUGCGGUAAAUCCAGUGCGGUUCAAGGUCCAACUCGCUCUUCCUAUCCAUCAUCCCGAGCGACCACAUCCUGCACUCACUAAUGCAAUAUAUUUGUGGGCACUUCGUAUUAGCAACUUGAGGGAAUAUAUGCAACACGAAGAUGUGUAUCGUCACCGCGCGGUCCUUGCUCUUCAAGGCACAUCAGAAAUGCAAUCCGAAGUUAGCCAAAGUCUAGCGCAGCAGAGAGUACAAGCCGUGCAGGCAGAAACCUUACUCGCUCAGUACUUCUUUUGCCUUGGACUCACGAUUGAAGGUCGCUAUCAUGCCAAUGCCGCUGUGACUCUUGCAGUUAGCUGUGGACUUCAUCAGAUCAUGCCUACGGGUUAUGCUCACAAUUCUUCCUUUGGAAGUAGCAGCGCCUCGUUUCUUAGUGCCUCUUUCGCACUGCCUGCAGCUCGCGACGCCACUGAGCAGGCAGAACGCAUAGGCGUAUUUUGGUCUGUCUUUAAUGUGGACGCCUGUUGGAGUGUGGCACUGGCUUUGCCCCGCUCUUUAACUGAUGAAAUCGCACGCGGCACUGAAAUCGAUACAUCAUGGUCAUAUGAGCAAGCGUCUGUCAGUUUUGGAAAUACUGUACAGAGAUUCCUUUCUGCCGAACUUAUUGUGGGUCAAGAUGACUCACACUUGGUGCUUCGAGCAAAGGCAUCUGCUCUUUAUGAGCGGGCAGCGACCUUAUCAACACGCUUCGGGCUUGAUGUAUCGCUUGAGCCAGAAGUACAGAGGCUAGCCCACAUCACGUCGCAAUUUGCACAAGGUCUUAUUCCUCUUGACCAACUAGGAGACGUUGCGGAUGAUAUCCGCGUUAUCUUAGCCAUUACGCAUGGUAUUGCGCAUACCUCCAUGAUUCAUCUUCAUCGUGCACGUCCGUCCGCAACGCCUGGUUCAUCUGGUGCCUCUCUGCAGCAUGCUAAUGAGAUACUCGCUAUUUUGGAAUUCAUAUCGUCCAGAACUAAUGAGAAUGAAGGGGAUGCUCGAAAUGUUGUACCAGAUCCCAUCCUUGCUGCAAGUACCACCCCUGUUAUUGGGUCAGCUGCUGGAAAGGUAUUCAUUGAGAGGCUCGACCACCUAAAGCAUGAAGCGCAAACACGCGAAAUUUGCUCACAGCAUAACGCACUGCGACCUAGAAUAAAUCGUCUCGUCAAUGCGCUACGGACAUGUGCAGGCCCUACGAAUGCGUCGUAUCCUGUCUUUUUUUCUUUUGGAUGGUUGACGGCUGUAGCACAGCACGCGGACAGAAUCGGUGAAGACCUAGAGGAAUUGGCUGAUGACAUGAAUUAG